UAAAAGCUGUUAAAGUCUUCCUUUGCGACACUUCCUACGAGCGUAUUUGUUCUAUUGCUCUUUAACAACACAGUAAGCUGUUUUUUGUUACCAAGCCCGCAAAAUCCAGAAUGCCCGGACCGGGCAAUUCACGAACCGUUGAAGAACGGCUUGAGAAAGCGCGGCUAAUACCUCGGCUCAGCACGGAGGUGCUGAAUAUGUGCAAGUCCGUCGACCAGCUGCUACGCUCACAGCAUACCUCCAACCUGUCUCAAGCUAUUGUAUGUGUUCACGAGAUCGCCCGGCAGCACUUCGCGGUGGUUGUGGCGCUCAAGUGGGCGGUGCUGCUGGUGGACCUGCUGGAGGCAGACAAUCCCGACGUGCGUCUGUCCGCAUGCAAUGCCCUGGCAGCGGUGUGUGUGGCGCAGGAGGGGCGCGACGCGGUGCGCAGCGCGGGCGGGCUGCGGCCGCUGGUGAUGCUGCUGGCGGAGGGCUCGCGCAGCCCGCUGGCGGCGGCGGCAGCGGCGGCACUCAUGAACUGCAGCGCAUGCGACGUGUGCAAGGAGGCCAUAGCGGACUGCCGCGGGGUGCCGCAGCUGCUGGGCCUCAUCCGAGACGCACUGGCCAGGUGCAUACCGCCCCCGCCGGGAUCCAGCCAAGCAGCCGCACCCGCAGCAGCAGCAGCAGCGGCAUCGGGUUCAGCAGCAGCAGCGGAGGCCGCCGCCAAGGCACCGCCACCCGCCUCACCGCCGCCAGCCGGCCGGAGUGGCAGCGGCAGCGGCGCAACGGAGGGCGUCGAGGGCAGCGGAGGCAGCAGCAGCAGUGCUGGCGCCGAUGGUGACGGAGGCAGCAAGGCGGAUCUGCGCACCCCCGGCGAGUGCAAGGCGGCGGCCUACGCGGCGGGGGCGCUGAUGAACAUGGGCGGACUGAUCAGCGUGCAGGAGAAGAUGCUGCAGGCGGGCGCCGUGUCCGUGCUGCAGGAGGUAUGUCGGGUGGCGGCCCCGGACGACCCCAUCGGCACGCGUGCGGGUUUCGUGCUCUCCUGGCUGGCGGUGGGCAGCGGCGCGUUGGAUGCGGAGCUGCAGCAGCUGCUGGCGGCGGCGGGGGCCGAGGCGGGGGAGGCAGGGGCAGGCAGCAGGCCGGAGUCACGAGUGGUUGGGCCGGGGGCGGCAACAGGGGGAGCGGGAGCGGGGGCAGGAGGAGCAGCGGGCAACAAACAUGGGCAUCCGAAUGGCGUGUUGGGGGCGGUGGGACUGGUGUCGUCGUCGUCGCAGGCGGCGGGUGCUUCCUCGGGAGGCGCGCACGCUACCUCGCCUCGCUCGCGUCACCGCCAGCAGCAGCACCAGCACCAGCAGCAGCCGCAAUUCAGGACGGGACUGGGGACGUCAGGAACGACGGCAGCGGGCAAGCAUGUUAAGAGUGUGGCGCCCGGCGGCGGCGGUGGCGGUGCUGGUGGUGGUGGUGGUGGUGGGAAGCAUGCAGCAGCAGCGGGCUCUAAAUCGGCUGCAGGUACUGCUGCUGGUGCUACUACAACAGUAAAGGCUACGACGGUUGUAGCGCGCGCGUAAGGGUUGGGUAGGCCGCCCCUGUCGGCUCUGCUGCUGCAUCUGGCUAGCGGAGGGACAGUGGACCAGCGGCGGCGCUGGAGGGAGGGGAGACCUCCUUGCCUCAACGUGGCGUGUGUGCAGCAGACAUCGUACGGGAAAACAAGAGUCCGAAGCCCACCCUUUAGUUGGCGAUUACGUGCCAGAGUUGGCGGAAGGGAAAAAGGUUAGGAUGGAGUGUAUUAUUGUGUGUUGCUUACGGCCGGUGCGAAGGUCGAGCUCCUUUGCUGUGUGCUUUAUUCAUACGCGGCAUGCAUGCAAAGUGCGAUUGCAUCCUGUCGCGGCUUGUAUGUAUGAAUGUAUCCUGUACAGCCGUUGCGCGUGCGGAUUGCUUUCCCUGCGUAUGUUCGCAAGGGGCAUGGAGGGGGGGCAUGGAAGGCGUAAGAGGAGGGGAGGGGAGGGGGUGCGAGCGCGCGAGAUGGCUUGAACGCACGUCAUAUACCAUAACAGCACGCAUUGCGUAAGGAGAUGUGUUUUACAGGAAAGAAGGACAUGGCUGCGAAGAAGUGUUUAGGUUAUUGAGCUGGGGCUCCUCUUGUCACACCCACGCAUGCUCGCAGCAGUUGAUUCCGGAGGGGGGAUUCACCGGAUGGGCGGCGCAGUGCAGGGCAUGAAAGCGGUUUUGUUGCAGGGGUUCUGGUACGGCAGGUGGGUAUGCGGCAAAGAGGCAGGCUGCUUGGCUAGCAAGUAUGAAAGUAUGCUUGGCGCGUUGGCUUGGAGAAUAAUGGAUGGCCCAACAACCUAGCAGCAAUUGUCGCUGCGUAGAAGGGCUUGCGGCGUGCAUACGGUACUUGCAGGCAGGUGUUUUGUGGGACACACAGUGCUACAUUUGGGUAGAAGCAGUGAGGACGUGCGUGCUUUCUAUAGGAUAUGCCUCUUUUUGAAAUUCUCGUAGAUCUUGGAAAGGCGUGUCAGUAUUUGGGUGUUCAUGUUAAACUGUCUUGCGUGACUAGGGUUGCCAUGCGUGUGCCGGGACCGCAUGCAAUGUGGUGAACUGGAAACACUGGGCUAGAAAUGAUCAACAUUGCACUACUGCGCACACGGGCUGAACUUUCCGCGGUACCGGUAUGUAUGUACUACCUCGCGUUGCCAUCUGGUAAUGUGUCUGACUUUAAUGGUGGUGGUGGUUGGUGUGUGCGGCAAGCUGCCCUAUCCCUUUUUAUGCCAGCGUAUUUUGGCCGCGGACGUGAGAUAAACUUGUGCAUACGGUGUGCUGUACGACACCAUGACAACUUUUCUCUUGCAUGUUGGCCUCAUCUGCUUAGUUGCUAGUAUGCGCUACACGUGCAGGCGCUGCUCUGAUUGUAUGAUUCGGAUGGCCUUGCUUGGUUGCCAUCCCGCACUGCGGCGCAGUCCAGGCACGGGUCCAAGUGCGAUUGUGUUCCCGAGGAACUAGCUGGUUCCUCGCUGGCUGGCUGGUUUCUUUCUGUGGCUCCAUUUACCGGGAUAUUCCAGUCAGAAAAGGAUGUAGGUGUGGCGGUUAUGUUUUAUUGCGGGGAGUACUGCUCUCCCCUUUGAUUAGAGGGCAUGGGUAUUGGCUAUGGAUAGGGUAGCCAACGCGGAUGGCUGGCCGUACUACCGGUAGAGUAGUAAUAACUUGGCCGGAUGAGGGAUGCUGGUGGAAUGCCAGGGGAUAACGUAACCAAGUGAGACAUGCGCUGGAAUUCCCGGACGUGCCCCCCAAGGGUGUUGCCUGACUGGCUCGGCCACGGUAAGUGCCGGUAAGAGCGUGUCUUAGCAACGUUUAAACCUUGAUAUUCAAUACAAGCAAUGGC